GAUUGAUCGCUGUGCCUUUGGCUUGGACGUCUAACCUCUCUCAUCCCACCCAGCUUUGGACUGCAUCAAACGAACAACACACAGAACAGCGAAAUCGGAAAUGGUGAAAGACGAAAAUGAAAAUCCAGUUUCAGAAGUAGAUGAAGACGAGGAAGAAUUAUCAAAUGGAGAGGACGAGGAAGAAGAAGAUUUUGAUGAGGAUGAAGAUGAGGAAGACGAGGAAGAAGAAGAACCACCAGUAACAUCGGAAUCUAGAAUGCGAGCUGAAAGAGCAAGAAUGGAAGGAGUCUUUCAUCGGAUUUCUUCUGAGAGAGUUCCAUUGAGAGUCCAUGAUGUGGUGAUCAAAGGAAACAUGAAGACUAAAGAAUCGUUAAUCGAAGCUGAAAUCGGAGCCCUAAAAACCGCCACGUCAGUCCAAGAGCUGCUUCAGGCGGCGACGAUUGCGAAUGCCAGGCUUCAAAAGCUCGAUAUAUUUGAUUCCGUAAACAUCACGCUUGAUUCAGGACCGUCUGAAUUGCCUGGGACUUCUAAUGUGAUUGUUGAAGUUGUUGAGUCCAAAAACCCUCUCACUGGUGAUAUUGGCAUUUUCACGAAGCCUGAGGCUAGAUCUUGGUCACUUGAAGGAUCACUUAAACUCAAAAACUUAUUUGGAUAUGGAGAUUUGUGGGAUGGUUCUUUAUCUUAUGGGUGGGACCAAACAUCAGAAGCUAGUGUUGGCAUCUCUUUGCCAAGAUUCAUGAGAUUGUUCACUCCUGUUAUGGCUCGAGUAUCCCUUCUUUCUCAAGACUGGCUCAAAUUCUCCUCUUAUAAAGAGCAAGCACUCGGCCUAUCUCUUGGUCUGCUUUCAACCAAGCACCAUGAUUUAGCAUAUAAUCUUUCUUGGCGCACGUUGACUGACCCAUCACAAAUGGCUUCUGAGUCAAUAAGAAGGCAACUUGGACACGGUUUACUAUCACAUUUGAAGUAUACUUUUAAGAUUGAUAAGAGGAACUCACCUCUUAGACCCACUAGAGGGUUUGCUUUUGUUUCUUCUUCUCAACUUGGAGGCAUUUUUCCUGAUUAUCGCAGCUUGCGUUUUGUACGCCAGGAAUUUGAUCUUCGAUAUGCUUUACCUUUGGGUUUUGCACGUGCUGCUCUCAACUUUGGAGUUGCUGGUGGUGUACUUUUCCCAUGGGGAAGUGAAUUCCUGAACACACCCACAUCUUUACCUGAUCGAUUCUUCUUAGGUGGGAACUCCUCUCCCAUUUGCUCAUUGGGAGGGCCCACAUCCUUAUUGGGCUUCAAAACCAGGGGAUUAGGCCCAAGUGAACCAAAACGCCAAUUCAAAACAAACUCUGAAGAUACAAAUUCUGAAAGAGAUUUUGUUGGGGGAGACCUUGCUGUUACUGGCUUUGCAGACCUUUCUUUUGAUCUCCCUUUGAAGGUGUUGAGAGAUUGUAAUAUUCAUGCACAUGCGUUUGCUUGUGCUGGAAGUCUAACCAAAUUAACUGAAAAUUCAUUUCGUGACUUUUCCUUCCAAAAGUACCGUGACUCCUUCCGUAGCUCUGCGGGCUUUGGGCUUAUUGUACCAACUAAAUUGUUUCGCAUGGAGGUGAACUACUGCUACAUAGUGAGACAACAUGAACAUGAUCGAGCAAAGACUGGUGUCCAAUUUAGCUUUUCUUCACCAUUAUAGGAUUCUCAUCCUGGUUUCAUCUCAAGUUCACAACAAACAAGCCAUUAGCCGCUCCACCGCUGUGUCAUGCGGUGAAGUGAAGGGUUCUUGUAAUUUUGAAAAAAAAAAAAAACUACAGAAAAUUAAUAAUCCAUCUCAGUUAUAUGACAAUUGACAUGCUGCUUUGUUUGAAUUGUUAUAUCUCAUCUGUUGAUGUUGUUAAGAAUUUGUUUUGGAAUUCGGAGAUAUGUGAGUGUGAUUCUGGUUGUUUAGAAAUUACGCGAAAGAUAGUGAGUGAAGUUGGAAUUAUUGGGUAUGUAAUGUGUUGUUGUGUGAUGCGAUUCGAUGUGCAGACGAUUAAUUUUGAUUCAAAGGCAAGACAAGGCGUUUGAUUGA